AUUAAGUAGCACAAAGUAGCCGUUGGUCAUAACGAGGUUAGCAGUGGACAAGUAAAGACGUGAGUAAGAAUGCUCGGAUAACUGGAGGCAUAGGCAUCAUACACACAGAUAUUCCUCGACUGGUGAAGAAAUGUGUGACCCCGCUUAUUCGGAAGACUUGCAUUAUGUGAAGCCAAACACCGAGUUCCACAUGCUAGAAUGCUCCUCUGCCUUUAACAAGCUGAGCGAGCGAGAAAAGAAGUACGCCCACUACAUGUCCAGAGCCUGCUGGUAUGGGGGGCUCAUCAUUCUUUACCAGGUGUCACCUGAAUCUCCAGCAAUUUUUGUUCUUCUGCACAAGCUGUUCAAGAGGCAGACCUUUCAAGAAAUUCAGGACCUAGCAAGAACUCAAGGAUUGACGGAGGAUGAAAUUCAGGCCUUAAGAAUGUAUGUGGCAGGGUUUUAUAUGAACUUUGGAAAUUACUCGUCAUUUGGAGACUUGAAGUUUAUACCUGGCAUUUUAAAGGAAAGGUUUGAGCGUCUAGUGUUAGAAAGUGUAGCAGGAAAGGAUGAUCCAGAAGGGAUUGCAGGGUUGUGGAACUCUCUGUCAUACCGCAUGUACUCGCUGGAGGAACGACAUCGCGAGCUCGGACUGGGUCCAAAGGGUACAUCAACUUACUACUCCUUUACCUGUGACAUGGACGAUGCCAAACUUGCACAAGAGUUCAUGCUGUCCAAGAACUUGUCCGCGUUUAACACAAGGCUGAUCAAGAAAUCCUUACACGAGUACGAGAUACGUCUUGCAUCGUCAGAAACGGGAGACGGCGUUUUACCUGGGUGUGAUGAAUGUUUGCUUGGCAGCCAUGAGUUCACAGCGGAGGGAGCAGACUCAUCAGUCACAUUCCAUGUCACAAGGGGAGACUACUCUAAGCUGCUGGCAAAAGUUAUCACCUGUUUUGAAAAAGCAAGAGUGUUUGCAACCAAUGAGACGGAGUUUCUUAUGAUGGAUGGGUACAUUGCCAGCUUCACCACGGGAUCUGUCCACUCACACAUGGACAUGGCAAGAAUCUGGAUCAAGAACAGAUGUCCCGCUGUAGAAACGUUUAUUGCAUUCAUGGAGUGCUACAGGGAUCCAUUCGGUGUUCGUGGCGAAUUUGAAGCUUUUGUGGGUUUUGUGAAUAAAGAAAGGAGCGCUAAGUACCAAGAACUGGUCAACAAAACUGAGCGGCUGUUGAAGACCCUACCAUGGCCGGCUGAAUACGAGAUGGAUCAAUUCCUGAAACCAGACACACUAUCGAUUGAUCUGCUCACGUAUGGGGCGUCCUGGGUUCCUGACGGUUGCAAUCUACCAUAUAGCUACGGUGAUAUACGGCAAGAUGAGGGCUUCAAAAACCUCACAUUUUUCAACAAAGUCAAGGUCGAUUACUACAAUGGAGAAACAUUUAUUGAUGAUAAAGACAAGGAUCUGUAUUUGAAACUGAUGGCGCCCACUUAUGAACUGCAUGUGGGCUUGCACGAGCUGUUCGGACAUGGCAGUGGGAAAUUGUUCAAUGAGGACUUUGAUGGUAACCUGAACUUUGACAUCAACACUGUACGGCACACUGAGACCGGAGAACCGAUAAGCAGUUGGUACAAACCCGGGGAGACGUGGGACACAAAGUUCCCAACCAUCGGGGCUUCCUACGAAGAAUGCCGCGCGGAGUGUGUCGCCUUGUACAUGAUUGACAACGAGGACAUACUAAGGAUAUUUGACCAUGAGCACGACGGCGAUGACGUGGUGUAUGUGGUUUGGUUGAGCCAGAUGCGCCUGAGUUUGGUAGCACUUGAGUUCUACACGCCAGAGACGGCCACUUGGCGACAGGCCCAUAUGAAAGCAUGGUUUGUGAUACUGCGAGUUCUCUUGGAGCCAGGCCAAGGCUUCUUGGAAAUAUCUGAGAUCACAGGGAGCGACGGCAACCCAGACAUUGUAAUUCGAAUGGACCGCCAGAAGAUACAGACAGUAGGGAAACCUGCCCUUGGAAAUUUCCUCAGGAAACUUCAGACGUACCGUGCCAUUGGCGACUUUGAGAAAGCUAAGAAGAUUUAUGAUCACUAUUCAGAAGUACCCAACGAUGGAGACGUCAAGUUCCUAUCAUUACGAGACAUUGUUCUUGCUCGUAGAAUUCCACGCAAGGUUUUUGUACAGCAUAAUACAGUGAUAGAUGAAGAUGACAAUGUGGUGCUGAAAUCGUACGAGGCGUCCCCAGAAGGCAUAGUUCAGUCGUUCAUGGACAGAUAUCUAGGCUCCAACGUUGACGAAAUCAUAGAAGAACUUUGGCUUCAGGACAGGCACCACUUUGACGACACUAUAAAAAACUGAUAUUAGAAUGUACAACACAAUUUCCAACAAGACGUUACCGUAGAUGCCAACAACAAAUCGAUUGCGGUGAUGUUCACUAGACAUAUCAAUGGUUGCUGAGGACAUUUGUAUUUAUGUUCGUAUCAUCUGGUCUCAGUUUACGUUUACUUGUUGACCUUAAAUGAUUGGCUGUCUAUUAUCAAUUCCACUAUCUUUUUACUU